AACCGUUUGCGUAACUAACUUUCAGAUGUUAACGCUUUUUUUGUCUCAAUUGUUAUGUUGAUUUUAUGUUGUGUUAGGUUUAAUUGAAUUUGUUUUAAUUUAAAAAUUAUAAUUCUGUUAGCUAAAUUUUUCUAAAUUUGUUGUUAUUCUUCUAUUUUCUUUGUCGUUCCAAUUGUACAGGUUUGGUUUCAGAAUAGGCGAGCAAAAUGGCGACGUCAGGAAAAAGCGGAAACAUCUUCUGGUUUUCAAGGUAUAAAUGAUCUAAAUUCACCACGAUUACCUGGAUUAACUGAUUCACCAGUUAAUAACAAUCAUUCAUCGUCGACAAGUUUAAAUCAUUCCUCACUCGGGAUACCGCAUCAUUCAGUUAGUCACAAUUCACUUUCAAGUCUUCACUCAUCCAUUCCUCCGAGUCUGUUGAUGAGUGAACUUUGUGGUCGGUCACAAGGUGCAUAUUAUCCGUUAUCAUCUGUAGAGUCUUGGAUAGCUGCAGCAAGUGUGGCAACAUCUUUAUCACCUUCUUCUGGUUUACCAUCAAAUCCAUCUGGAGGCAUAUCUUCAUCAUCACCAGCAACCACUUUACCCACACAAUCAGCUUCAUCCAUUUCUAUUAAUGGAAAUUCAAUUGCUAAUCAACAAACUAACGGAGCUCAUUCUUUCCCUGUCAAUUUCAAAGCUCACCCAGGAUCCGUCUAUCCAAAUUACUUUUUAAACUCUACACAAUCGUUGGACCUUUCAACUGGUUCGCUAGACAGUGUUUCCUCUAGCCUUCAUUCAUCUCAUUAUAUCAAUCCCCUCUUUGGAUUACUACUUAACUCUCAAACCCAAAAAAGAAACCAAAGUGAGAAGCAAACCCUUUCAUCCCUAGUUAACUCGAGUAAUGAAUCAAAAUUGCAGUCUGAUCAAAAUACAACUGCGAACUCACCCAAAAGCAAAAUAAGUUGAUGCAAAUAGACUUGAACCCUUAAAUCACUGUUCCUUUAUUGCCAUUCAUUACCCUGUACGCUUUUGAAGCUGAAAAUUUCAUUCAGAUCAAUUUUCUUAACUGAUCUAACCGUAAAUAAAGAUUUUUUUGUUUCAUAAA